CUUAAAGAUGGGCAGGAAGGCAGCCAGGGUGUGUAAACGCAUUUCGGAACCUCUCUAGUACUGUUACACGCUGGUGUGUUGGUUGAAAGCAGUUCCAACUGUCAAACCCAGGAUGAAUGGUCGAGGGAGACCUGCAGGUCUGCCUUAUCUAGAAGUACAUAUGUCUGGGUUCGCAGCAAGGGAAAGUUGAGCUGAACUCCCUGACCUUAUUCCUUCCAAAGCAAGCAGUGGGAGAGCAGCAAUGUACAGGAGGAUGGAGUAAAACCAUUGGGGGAAGAUAAUGAUAAGGGCUGUGAGUCUGCUUUGCUUUUGUGCUCCUGUGAUCUUGCAUAGCUUCACUCUUCAAUUAGAGUUCUUUUCUUCCUUCUGAAACCGCUUGGAGUUCAGUGUUGUGCGGUUUCUACGUUCCACCCUCUGCCACAUGGCAAUUUAAAACCAGAUUUAGUUGUUGGAGCUGGUAGACGUGGUGUAGAUGUUUACGCUGUAAAAAUAACUUCUGAGCUGGAGGUUUCAUUUAGACCAGAAGUAAACGUUGGUGAUUCUUUAAAGGCCUUACCUUCAAGUGUUGUGUAGCGUUCACUGCUUUGGAAGGAAGAGUCCUGCAUCACGGGGUGAUGGCUCAGGUGUCUUUUCCAGUUUCUCAUUUAUGUGGAAGAGAAGUGCUGAACUUGCACAGAAAUUACUGCCCUUAACAAAAGCUUUUGCUGCACUUCUGGGGGUCUUGGUUAAUUCUGUUCAGGUGAGGCGACAUGGAGCUGCUGCAGAACUGAACUGCCCAAGGAGCUGGGAACCGUAGUGAUGCUGCAAGCCUGUUGGAAGGGAAGUGCAGAGGAUUUAGGUAAGGGCUAAAACCAGCUGUGGUGGUGAGAAGGUUUCAUCCUGGAGCUGAAUUAGAGCUGGUGUGCUGAUGCCAAGUGCUGGGCAGCUGCUUGCAUCUGCUAGAAAACACGAUUCCUUUAGUCUGCAGUGAUGGCAGAGUGGUGUUGUCUUGUUUCUGCUGUUUCAUCACUUCAUGUUGUUUGUGCUCGACAUCCCUCGCUGCUCCGAGGCACCAAUCUGGAGGGUGGAGGUGCAGGGAGAGGAGAGGCAUGUGCGGUGCGCUGCACGCUGGAGUCCCUACUCUGCAUGUAACUACUCCUGUCGUUUUUAUUGCGACACUGCCCAGGCGAUGCAGGCGGCUGCCACAGACCCAGGCUGGGACAAACGCUGCACCGAGCACCUCGUCCUCUGAGUGGGAAGUUGUUCCAAGGUGCAGAGCGAAGGCAUGGCUGACAAGAACAGCACCCUGAAAUGCACGUUCUCUGCUCCUGGCCACAGCACCACUCUACUGCAGGGACUGGCCUCGCUCCGAGCUCAGGCUCAGCUGCUUGAUGUCAUCCUCACUAUAAAUAAUGAAGUGUUUCAGGUUCAUAAAGUUGUCUUGGCUGCCUGCAGUGACUAUUUCAGGGCAAUGUUUGCAGGCGGGAUGAGAGAAGCCAGCCAAGAUGUGAUUGAACUGAAAGGUCUAUCUGCAAAAGGACUGAAGCACAUUAUAGACUUUGCAUACAGUGCCGAAGUGACUCUUGAUCUUGACUGCAUUCAGGAUGUGCUGGGAGCUGCUGUCUUCCUCCAGAUGGUGCCUGUCGUGGAGCUCUGCGAAGAAUUCCUGAAGUCUGCCAUGAGCGUAGAAACGUGUCUCAAUAUCGGGCAGAUGGCCACCACCUUCAGCCUCGCAUCCUUGAAGGAAUCAGUAGAUGCAUUCACUUUUAGGCAUUUCCUCCAGAUCUCUGAGGAAGAGGAUUUCCUCCACCUGCCCCUGGAGCGCCUUGUUUUCUUCUUGCAGAGCAAUAAGCUGAAAAGCUGCAGUGAAAUAGAUCUCUUCCGUGCCGCCGUCCGGUGGCUGCAGUAUGACCCAACCCGCCGUGCCAACGCCAGCCAGGUCCUCUGCCAUAUCCGCUUCCCGCUGAUGAAGUCCUCGGAGCUGGUGGACAGCGUCCAGACCUUGGACAUCAUGGUGGAAGAUGUCUUGUGCCGGCAGUAUCUGCUGGAGGCAUUCAACUACCAGAUCCUGCCCUUCCGGCAGCACGAGAUGCAGUCCCCUCGCACCACCAUCCGCUCGGAUGUCCUGUCCCUCAUCACCUUCGGUGGCACUCCCUACACUGAUAACGACCGCACUGUGAGCUGCAAGGUCUACUACCUGCCGGAUGCCAGCGUACGACAGUUCAAGGAGCUGACAGAGAUGGAGGUGGGCAGCAGCCACUCCUGCGUGGCCGUGCUCGACAACUUCGUCUACAUCGUUGGAGGGCAGCACCUGCAGUACCGGAGCGGGGAGGGAGCUGUGGACAUCUGCUACCGCUACGAUCCGCACCUGAACCAGUGGCUGCGCAUCCAGGCCAUGCAGGAGAGCAGGAUCCAGUUCCAGCUCAACGUCCUGCACGGUAUGGUGUAUGCCACCGGUGGGAGGAACCGCUCGGGGAGCCUGGCCUCUGUGGAGAAGUAUUGCCCCCAGAAUAAUGAGUGGACCUACGUGUGCUCCCUGAAACGCAGGACGUGGGGGCACGCGGGAGCCACGGUAGGAGGCAAGCUGUACAUCUCAGGUGGGUACGGCAUCUCGGUGGAAGACAAGAAAGCCCUGCACUGCUACGACCCCACCAUGGAUCAGUGGGAGUUUAAAACCCCGAUGAAUGAGCCCAGAGUUCUGCAUGCCAUGGUCAGUGCAAAUAGCAGGAUUUAUGCUUUGGGAGGUCGCAUGGACCAUGUUGACCGUUGUUUUGAUGUUUUGGCUGUGGAGUAUUAUGUGCCUGAAACAGACCAAUGGACCACGGUGAGCCCAAUGCGUGCAGGGCAGUCGGAAGCAGGCUGUUGUUUACUAGAAAAAAAGAUUUAUAUUGUAGGAGGGUACAAUUGGCAUCUGAACAAUGUCACCAGCAUUGUGCAGGUGUAUAACACUGAAACUGAUGAAUGGGAAAGGGACCUACAUUUCCCAGAGUCUUUUGCUGGGAUAGCAUGUGCUCCCGUUAUCCUGCCGCAGGGAAUGACCCAGAGAUAACUCCGUGCGACGGCAUCAGCCCGUGAAAUCGCCUCGUGUUGCAUGUGAUCAGAUGCUGUGGUGUUCCUUUGUUGUUUGCAAAUGGUAUUGUGCAUUUUGUGGGUGAGGGAAGGAGAAAAAUAGCUUGUGUUCCCUCCUCCAUAAAGUCCCUCCUCCUCUUCUGUAGUGUUCUGGCAAGCGUGUUCCAUCAGAAGCACUUGUCAGCUAGUUAGACUUAACAGAUGUUACAGCUGGAAAAAGCUUUUCUCUUCCUUUUUUUUUUUUUUUCUGGUUGGAUGGGGGGUGCAUUUUGCCAACAUUUCAUAUUUGUAACAAUAUUCCACAUAGCAAACCAUGGCCAGCUCAGGGGGCACUGGGGACUGGGGGAUGUUCAACAGAGUUCAGGUGUGAUUUUUGUAUUAAUAGCUCCAAACAUGGAUGUCGCUUCUUUGUUUUUUUUAGCAAACAAACAAACCAAAAGCUGUAAAACACACUGACCUCCAGAAGCAAUAACGGGACAGUGGGAGCUCCAGGAGCUCAGGUGCUUGGAUCAGGAAAGCAGAUUCUUGCUUUUCAAAGGUGACUUUUUGGGUUUCUUUCCCCUUUUCAAAGGGGAAUACUUAGCCUUGCACACCUCUGGUCUCUGUUGGUUCUUCACUGCUUGGAUCACACUGCGAUUCCAGAUCCCUUCCUCACCCCCUCCAGACAGCAGCAUGAUCCUCUAGUCCAGAAGUUCUCCCUUACCUGGGGCAUUCAGCAUUUGCCAUACUAAAGCCAUGUCAAUAGCUGGAUUAUGUACAAAUGAGCAGGAUUCUUUUCCUUAUAAGUGCCAAGAAUUUGGCUGCCCUGGCAAUAAGAGCUGUGGCUGCUCGGCUGGGCUGAGCCCCAGGGAGCACCCAGAGGCUCUGGUUUGGGUCCUGCUGCCUUUGCCUUGCCACCAAUACGUGCUCAUCCAAACUCCUUUUGUACAGGAAAAGGGGUGGGUGCUACUUCCUCAGAAGCUUGAAGGUUUUCUCCCUUGACCUGUCAAUAAGCUACUCGGCAUCAUAACAUGAUGGAAGUCAAAGUGGAAUGGGGUUUGUUGUUCUUGUUGCCAGUGGGUAUUUUAACUGAAGAGAUUAAUUUGAAGAUGACUCUGUCAUUUUUGUGACAUCUGUGUUUGCUGCACAGAGUUCGGUUCCUUCCUGAACUUCCUGUAAGCCAUUUUUUCUAAUUCAUUUGACCAAUUAAUAAAUAGAAGGUUUCUCCUUUUAUGAGGUUUUCUGUUCCAAGGGCUGUGUUUGUACCCGAACAAGUUUGAUUUCGAUGUAUGCAGCCUUCUUUUUAACAAACUUGCAUUCUGCUGUUGAAUAAAUACUGUGCUGUAACCCUUUAGAGACAAUUAUGUAAUGUCUGUUUUGCUUGAGCAGGCCUGUGUAAAGCAUGAGCUCCAUACCUCAGAUUCACACAAAGACAUUUAAUAAUGAAAUCAAAGCACCUUUGGCUAUGGUGCAGGGAGGAGACAUCUCUCCAUUUAGAGUCUAAAUUUAGGAUAAACCAGUGCAUAGUUUCAUCUGCUCCUAUCUGUCUGCUGGUUUGCAAUAAUAAAUCCAUGGAAGGUGCUCGUGGUUGUAUGCUGGAGGCUGUGCUCCAGCUCCCAGGCAGUUAAUUCACUCCAUUCUCUGUUCGGUCGGUCUGGCACAGAAGCGAGAAACGCUGCACAACAGCCUUGGCAGAUGAAGCAAGUUUUGAAGGGAUGAAAUGUAACUCGAUACAAGCCUCAAAGUUACAAAAUAACGCAUUUUCCUUUGUUUUAAUGCUUCCAUAUGUUUAUUAAAAGGGUAUUUUCUUAAGGUAGUAACAAAUGGGAGGUUACACGCUUUCCUGUUUGUCAAAUAUGAUUAAUCCUCUUCUGAGUGUGUCAUUCCUUCAUCAUUGCCUUCCUGAAAUCCUUGAGUAUUCUUCUCUAUUUCAUUUAAUUUUUCUUAUCAGAAGGAUUCCUGUGGCAGCAGUUGAUUCUUUGGGGGUUCUCUCAUAGAACGGACAGCCGUAGUGCUCAUGAACCACAUCAGAAAUGGAGAACCCCGUGGUGACCGGAGGGGGCAUCUCUUCACAAGGAAACUGCUUCUGAGGUACGUGUGUGUGUGUCGGGGGGUAAAGGGAGGAAAAGGAAAGGUCCUUGAGAACGACGAAGCAGCGUGUUUGGGCUCAAUGUUAAGGUCAGCCUUGCAAAACAAAACCUAACCUCUGUAUCAUUCCUAUCGGAAUGGUGGCUCUGGAGAUGGGAGGAUUCCCAAAGCUGUUCUGGAACUGUACUGAAUAAACAGACCAACUGUCACCUGCUGUGCAGCAAACCAGCCUGGAACGAGCAUUCCCAGUCCCUGGCACUGCGGAGCAGGAGCUGGGAAAGGCUUCCAGAUUCCUUCACCGUUGUGGCAGAGCACUGCUGCUCACCACCUCUCCCUGCUACUGGAAUGUUCUUUUUAUAGCAGUAUAAAUAAUUAUUUUUCAUAAUGUUAGCUGGAAAUAUUCUAGCUGUUCUAAAUUUAGCAGAGACUGACUAAAAUACUCGUGGCAGUGUGUAUCAUCCCCAUUGAUAAUAAAGUUUGUUUUGCCCUCUGA